CAUGCAACAAAAAGAAAAGUAAGAAUAAGAAUCAAGUGAAGAAGAAGUAGAAGUCUAACCUUAAUAGUAAUAAUAAGUAGUAGUAAAGAAAAAUAUUUAAUAUAACUAAUAAUUAAUUGACAAAUUAAAUAAACCUCAUCAAUUUUGGUAAACUCAACCUAUGCCCAAUAUCAAUGAGAUGGAUAAAUUAAAACCUGGACCCAUUCAACUUGGAGUAUUGGCUGAAGUCAGAAAGGAUCCAUUUAACUUAAUUGAAAAAUAUGAAUGGUUUAAUGUUGAUUUAAGAAAUGAAGAAUAAGCAUAAUAAGUAAGAAAUAUAAAUUAAUUAGGUAUACACUUUAUUGAAAGAAAAUUAUGUUGAAGAUGAUGAUAAUAUGUUUAGAUUUGAUUAUUCAAUAGAAUUUUUGAGAUGGGCAUUAUUACCUCCUGGAUAAUAUGCUGAUUGGUUGGUUGGUGUAAGAGUCAAUUAGAAAUUAGUUGGAUUCAUAUCAGGUAUUCCUGUAACACUUUUUAUUGAAAAUUAAUAAAAUAAGGUGAAGAUGACAGAAAUUAAUUUCUUAUGUGUCCAUAAAAAAAUAAGAUCCAAUAGAUUAGCUCCUGUUUUAAUAAAAGAAAUUACUAGAAGAGUACAUAUCAAGAAUAUGUGGUAAGCUGUUUAUACAGCAGGGAUUGUUGUCCCAACACCAAUUUCAUAAACUAGAUAUUAUCAUAGAAGUUUGAAUGCAAAGAAGUUAAUUGAAGUUGGAUUCUCUUCAUUAUCAGCAAGAUAGACAAUCUCAAGAUAACAAAAGUUGUAUAAAUUACCUGAAGAACCAAAGACUCCAGGACUUAGACCAAUGAAAAAGAAAGAUGUAGCUUAGGUUACUAAAUUAUUAAAUGAAUAUUUGAAGUAAAAUAAAAUCAAUCUAUUUAGAAAUUUUAAGUUAUAUUUUAAAUAUACAGAAGAAGAAGUGAAACAUUGGUUUUUACCUAGAAAAGAUGUGAUUAGUACAUAUGUAGUAGAAAAGGAAUAAGGUAUUGUUACAGAUUUUUUGUCAUUUUAUAAUUUACCAAGUUAAGUGAUAAAUAAUCCUAAACAUACACACUUAAAAGUAAUAUUAUAUAAAUAAAUCUUUUAAGGCUGCAUAUUCUUAUUAUAAUGUUGCAACUUAAACACCUAUUGUAUAAUUAAUGUAUGAUGCAUUGAUUUUAGCUAAAAAUGAAGGUUUUGAUGUUUUUAAUGCAUUAGAUAUAAUGGAUAAUGAUAAAUUUUUAAAGGUAUUUACGUUAUCAAUAAUUUUAGGAAUUAAUGUUUUGUUCAGGAGAUGGAUAAUUAAAUUAUUAUUUAUAUAAUUGGAAAUUAGAAAACGAUAUGCUUAAACCAGAAGAGAUAGGAAUUGUUCUUGUAUGA